CGACAAACGCCAUUCAACGACGCAAUGAGCUUCAUCACGCCCUCACAAUAAUGUGAUGCUAGCGUUUGUAGCGCCUGCAGUACGAAAAUAUGGGUCCAAGUGAAUGAUAAGCUCUCUACCAAUCAUACGAAAGUCGUUUUCGACAUGCAAAUGGUGCCCACACCCAAUUGCGUCUUCCUUGAUAGCGGGGCUCUGAAGUAGAUUUUUUUCUGUUGCACACUGCUUUUUACGUCUUGGUGUAUUUUUUUCCUUGCAACAUUGACAUAUUUUCCCGAAGGACAGUAGCCGCAAUCUCGUAAAAUGUCGGUUUGGAAGAAGUUUCUCGAUAAGCACCGGCGUCGCGGUGCCAAUCCUGACGAGAAGAGUCCAACUCCAGAAAAUCAAACUAUGUUUCAGGGAUUCGAAUGGCACGUGCCCGCUGAUGGCCAGCACUAUCAGCGUCUUACCAGGAUCCUUUCGUCUCUCCAAGACAUCGGCUUCUCGAGUGUUUGGCUGCCGCCUGGCUGUAAGGCGGAUAAUCCCGCAGGCAAUGGUUAUGAUUGCUACGAUCUGUGGGACCUAGGUGAAUUCGAGCAGAAGCAGCAAACGCGGACUAAAUGGGGUCUGAAGGAAGAUCUAAAGCAAUUGUCAGAUAAUGCGAAAGAGCUGGGAAUUGACCUGUAUUGGGAUGCCGUCCUGAAUCAUCGUCAGGGCGGCGAUCAUACGGAGAAGGUCAAGCUCGUAGAGGUCAAUAGUGAGGAUCGGAUACAAGAGAUGUGCAAACCCUACGAGACAGAAGCUUGGCUCAAGUUCGAUUUUGAAGGUCGCAAUGGAAAGUAUAGUAGUUUCCAAUUGGGUGCAGAACACUUUAUUGCGACCGACUGGGACAAUAAUAAUGGAAAGAAAGGAAUCUUCAAGAUUGAGAGGGCUGACCGACGAUCUACUAAGAGAGAAGUCGCGCAAAAGUUGCAGAGGUAUCUCAUGUUCAAUGAAUUGGACUACACUCAUCCAGAUGUGCAGCAAGAUGUUAAGAAUUGGGGUGUUUGGAUCACACAAGAAGUCGGUCUUCGGGGUUUCCGUCUCGAUGCCGUCCAACACUUUUCGGAGAAGUUUACCAACGCGUGGAUCGAUCACCUGUCGAAGGAGUUUGGCCAAGAGAAACUGUUCUUUGUCGGUGAAUACUGGGUGGGUGGGGUCUCGGAGCUCGUCUCAUACCUUCACAAGACGAGUAAUCGCAUGUCGCUGUAUGAUGCUCCGCUGCUCAACAACUUUUCUCACAUCUCGCAAACCCCGACAGCCGACCUGCGUGCUGUAUUCUCCAACUCACUCGUCGAUGUCGCUCCUGCGAAGGCCGUCACACUUGUCACAAAUCACGAUACUCAGCUUGGUCAAACAGUGGAAACGCCUGUCACGCCAUUCUUCAAACCUCUUGCAUAUUCUCUCAUUCUGCUACGUCAAGGGGGAUACCCUUGUGUGUUCUACGGUGACCUGUAUGGAACGUGUGGCCCGAAAGCUGAGGGACCUUCAUGUGGUCGGAAACUUGCAGAUCUCAUACUUGCCAGAAAACUAUAUGCAUAUGGUGAGCAAGUCGACUAUUUCGAUCAACCAAGCUGUGUCGGAUGGGUGAGGAAAGGGCGCUGGGAUAAGAAGUUUGGUUGUGCCGUUAUUAUGAGUACUAGCGGACCAGGAGUGAAGAAGAUGGAGGUUGGAGUGAUUCACAAGGAACAAGUGUGGACCGAUAUACUAGGCUGGAAUAAUGAAGAGAUUGUUAUCGAUGAAAAAGGCCACGGCAUUUUUAGGUGCGCCAAACAAGGAGUGAGCAUAUAUGUUAGGCAGGAUGCGGAAGGGAGGGAAAGGUUUCCUGUGAAUUUUGAUGACAAUAUAUACAGUUUCUAAAGUGCCAAUCCGAGAAUAGAUGCUAAGAUGCAC